UAUAAUGAUACAUAAUCAGUAUUACGAGGAGAUAAACUGAAAGAGGUGCCAUAAAUACUUAUUGAAGGCAAGUAAUUGGUUUAGUGAACUCUAGUGCCGCUAAUGCUUUUAAUAAAGAUGUAUGCUUUUAAAUAAUAAAAAAACUUUAAUUCUAAAUAAUUCAGGAAUCACAAAAAAAUCUGAAUAAAUUUAUUUACGUGUUUUUAUUACGUAACUUUUAAUGUAAACGAUAAUAGGUCAAAACAAUUGAAAUAUUUGUUCAGGAUUUAAAAACCACAAAAAGUUUCUUGUUAGUUAAUAGUCUGCCUUUGAAAUGUGCUACACAUUCUUGCGUAGAAAUAGCGAAGAACAAAACUUCAUUCCAAAAAUGCAGUGCAACUAGUGUUAAGUUGCCUUUGGUUAGUUAAACAAAUGUAGACAUAAAGAGUACCUAGUGUACAAGGGAGAACCAUAUUUUCAAUGAAUCAAUCAGCUUAAUAUACUGAACGAUAUGUUUAAUUCUUCUUUCUCCUAAGAGAAAUCGAAAGUUCUUGUAAAGGGAUGGUGUCUAUCACGAACAUUUCUCAGAUUCGUUUGUUGUUAUUGAUCUGGUCAUUGACUCGCAACCUUUAUUUCUUACCGCCCCCUUUGAGAAUAUUGCGUCAUCCGAAGUGCCCAAUUUCCUAUGAGUUAAAAAUAUUUUUUCAAAUCGUCCAAUUUAGUGAAUUUUAAAUAAAUUGUUUGGGAGUCAUCUUUUGGACUACUCCAUCCUUUUAAUCUUCCUACUUCCAUUCUGUGCUACCUCAAUGCAUUUUAAUUCUCUCUGGGCUAUCCCUUUACCCAUCGAUAAUCACAAACGUCCAAAAGGGGGGCGUUCUCAGAUUAUUUAGUUUCGUUCUUACGAGGGGGCGUUAUUAUUUAUUGUCUACGUGGAGAAUGGUCUAUGACUAUAGUCUAGUUAUUGCUUAAUCUUGCGGCCUUGUCAAUAAUUUACUAUUAUUUAUUUAUUAGGCUCUUUUGCAGCUUAAGACUGAAGAUUAAAGUACCUAAAGUUAUACAGCAUUAAUGUAAUUUAAUGAUGUAUCAUUUACUAAACAUUCCGUUUUGUUAAAUUUUACAUGUCUAUUCCGUGACUCACGCACGGACUAAACACGCGAUAAUGUAUUGCUACAAUAUACAAAACAUUACUAAUUGUAUGUAAUUUGUAAAUUAUCUACAAAUCUAAAUCCAUAUACCUAAUAUAUAUUUCUAAAUACCUACAUCUGAUAGGGACAAGAUUAUAAUAUCAACUAAGUAUGUUGUUCAAAAAAAGACUUAGUAAGUAUACUUUAAUGUCUGCUCAAUUUUUAAACUAUACAUGUUAGGUACAUGUAUAGGUAAAUGUGUUAUUAUAUAAAAAAACAUUUAUUUCUUGAACUGAAUACGACCACGAAUAAAAAACAUUUAAUUUAGUACCUCUUGAAUUUUAGUUGAGAUUGAAGACCAAGUUUAUUUCAACAGAAAUACUAGAUAGGCUGUAACUAGUAUUUUCAUUAAAAUAUAAACGUUAUAAAAAAAUCGGUUAUUGAACUUUUUCUAUAUCAUUUCGAUCUAAACUUCUACCUCAACUCUUAUAAAUUAUUCGGACCUAAUCUCUAGCGUCAAAAGAAGGAAGCUAGUGUACAAUUUGAUUUUGAUUUGUAAGUAAAAAAAUUACUUUUGAGUAUGUGACUUACCUACAAAAUAAAAAUCCUACGCUACACCCUAUGUACAUGUUUAGUUUAAGGAAAAAACGGUAGCUAAUUGCAUAUUGUUCUAUGUCAGACAGUCUAUCUGACACCAUUUACAUUAUCCAUUUUUGUUAUUAGGAUUCUUGUUAUUCUUACGUUAUUCUCACACAUAAUCAAGGUACAUAUAGCGCAAUUAACGAGAUUGCAGAAUUAUAUAAACAUCUUUUCUUCUCUUUCGUAUAUUCUUACGCUUAGUGUACAGUACUACAGUACUGUACACGUAGGUAUAUAAAGUAUAUAUGAUCAAAUUAUUUUUUUCCUCGUUUCUUAACAUAUUCACAUUUGUGCUUGAGUUGUGUACACAGAGUAGUAAAUAAUUAAAAGUAAACAGAUAUAUGACAUUCAUCGCAUUCCUAUUAAAAAAGAGAAGUGCGAUCUUAUUUACUUAUUAAGUUAUGACUGUAAAGAUACGAGAUAACGUUAUUCGAUAUUUUGGCGCCAUGUCAGGCACAAGUCACAACGAUGGUCCAAAUAGGUAUUGACGAUUGUCAAUUACAAACAGAUAUUUAUAACCUCAAAUUGUUGCAAAUUAUAUACUACCUACAUAACUAGUUACUUUAAAAUAUAUUGGUGAAGAAUGGUUUAAUGGUUGUGCGUCGAAAUGUCAAAAUCUUAUAGCUAAUUUAUUUACUUCUCUAUUUAGGAUAAUGAACAGGCACAAUGUGUAAAAGUGUUAGUUUCAGGUAAAAAUAAUUUAUAUUUAGAAUCAUCAUCAUCGUCAGUAUUAUCAGCCGAUAGACGUUCAAUGAUGAUUAGGGGUAUGGUCAAGAAUAUCAUUAAGUAUAGUAGAAUUAGAACCGAACUACUUGUAGGCUAACGCUAAAGGGUAACGAUAUAGAAGAACCCGCAAAUUAGCGAUUUCAAACCGCGUACUGUUUUUAGGUCUCUAAUCAUAGUGUGGUUUUGUAAUUUGCACGAUGAGGCAGUGUGAAAUAAACCAUGUGGUUUUAAAGACAGUCUCGUGAUCCAAUUCCAUUGCCUUGUCACUAAGUUUCACACGCAAGGGCGAUGCGAUGGAGUGAGCUAUGCUUUGAACAUCUCAACGUGAUCGAAUCAAAAAAUAACAGUUCCGCAGUGUUUGUCGAUACUAGAUAGACCUUGAUGAUUGAUGACAUCAAGCGGGUCAGAGAGAGCCGCUAAAAUUAAAGCGGAUCAAGACAUUGCUGUUUGGAAGUCCUUAUGACCAGUAGUAAAGACGUCUAUUGGCUGAUAUAUUGGUGAUGAAAUGAUCUCAUCAUAAAUAUCCAAACGCCUGUAGGUAGUAGGAGUACAUAAGUUGUCGGCACGCAUUAUCUAACUAUGCAUGUGUGUAACACGAUACGGUCUGAUUGUGCGUUAAUCCAGUUCGCGUGAUAUGUACUAAACAAAUGUACACGCUUGGGCACAGAUUCCAACAUUGAAAUGACGUGGUUGAUGUCACAAAAUGUGGUUACGGUUCAAUGUCAUGUCAUGUGUAAGCCUUGCAUUUUUUAGCCGUUUACCCCGACUAACUACUUUGGUCAAGCAUAUUCGUGACCUUAGUCAUAGUGCCUUUGUAUCUGUACGGUACUUAAUUAUUUUUAAGUAAGUUAAGCUAUAAACUUAAUAUAUACUUAUACAUAUUUUUCGUUGGUUAUCUCAAUAAAGUACCUAUAUAUGGAACUUAUAUUCCAAAAAUGUUGUUUUAUUUAUUUCUAUUAUUCCGAAGUUGUCCCGAAUAUAAUAAUCUACAACAAAAACUUGUCACUUUUAGUAAUGGUAGGUAGUAUGCAAUGAAACUUCUUAAAAUAUCACCGAAAGGCAAUAAAAUCAUUGCCAAAAGGUACUUACUUACCUAAAAGAUAAAUUCAACCAGGGAUCGUAAGUCUUUUUAUAUCUACCUACAUAAUAAAUGUUGUAUUGAGUUGAUCGUAAGUCAUUUUAUAUCUACUUACAUAAUAAAUGUUGUAUUUAGUUGUAAAAUUAUUAUUAUUUGCCGCAAUAAAAUGAGGAAAAUUUAAUGUAAGAAUACAAUAAAUUCGAAUAUAUCUUAGUAAUUUGUGAAUGUUGGUAGGUAGUAGUAGAUUUCAAGUGUCUAGAAUUCUAGAUCCUCAACCGUCCAUGUUUAAAACUUGACUUUUUUUAUAUUUUGUACAGGAUAUCAUGAGGAAUCAUAUCUCCAUUUGAGAGAUCUUUUAUGGCAACUAUUCGCUGGAGUCUUUAGCUUGAAAAAAGUUCAAAAACUAUAACUACAUAAAAAAGAGUCUAAAAAGGACGAAUCAAGAAAAUAAUUCAGAUCGAAAUCGAGAAAUGCAUACUUCAUAAUUGGCUACGGUUACUUUCCUAUGGUAGGAGCUGAAUACACUUUUUCCGAGGUAUGUCUGGCUGUCGCAUCACGCAUGCUUUCGGUAGGUAAAAUAUGUGGUCUAUACGACCUUCAUAGGUAUAGGAAAAGACAAGUCAGUAAAUAGACAUUUUCAUACAAUCAAAAAUGACAUCUUUCAUGUUACCUUCCUUCAAAUGAAAAUUAUUUCUUUGAAUAAUCAUUGUGAUUCACAAUAUUUAUAAUGAAUAAAUCUGUGGAUAAAUCUUCAUUUUCUUAUGAACACUUAUUCUCGAGUAAACGGAUUUUUAUUAACCACCUGGACUCGUAUCAUGGAGAGUAUUAUCUGAAGGAAGUCUCUAAACUCUUAUCAAGGAAUGAGUUGGAAUCGACCAAGCCAUCAUCACAGAGUAUUGUUGGGGAGGAUGCGGGACCUAUGGUGCUGCCUUCGCCAAACCAACCAUACGAAAUCAUAGGUACCGUUGUGGAACCAAAGAUCAAGUCGUUGGAUAACGUCGCCCGAAUAGUUCCAACCACCGAAUGUUUGACUCAAAUGUUAACAUGUGGAACUGUCAUCUUCGAUGUAAGCUGUGAUAGAGGCGAAUUACAAAUUGCAAUGGAUUAUUUGAAAUUAUUAAAAGUGCUGUUAGAAAAGCAAGCACCAAUCCACCCAGAUGAUGACGGAGACGCUGGCUAUUCUAAAAAACGUUACUUGAUUCUGGUAUCGACUGUAAUGACUUGGGCCGUUACUAAACCAUUAGACCCGGACACCCCAGAUAUGCCUUUCAUUGAGACGGAUUUUCGUAAAAGAAAGCCACACCCAAACUACAAAAUGCAUUACGACGUUGAGAACGAUGUUAUCGGUAUUGCUAGGAAGUACAAGUCACAAAUCGGAGCCAUCGUCAUUGGAUCUGGUGUCACCUACGGAGGAAAAGAGGAUGUGCUGUUCUAUUGGUUCGAGAAGGCGUGGGAAUGCCAGAGGCUUUUGCCAAUUAUUGGUCGUGGAAGUAACGUUGUACCUCUCAUCAAUGUUCAAGAUCUUGCUCAGAUAGUUUACGACUUAGUAGUGGACUUUCCAAGGAAACUCUACUUGCUAGCAGUGGAACAAACUGUUACUAAACAACGAGAGAUCAUCAAAACAUUAGGGCGGAUUGUUGGUUCUGGAAUGUUUAAAUGUAUACCACCAGAAGAUGCGUUUCUUAUUCCAGAAAUUGAUCAAAGGAUUUUUGAUUUGAUGACAUUGAAUCUCUACAUGGAGCCGACUUUCAUUGUCGAAACUAUGGCGCUCCAAUGGGUGUCAGAUUUGCCUUUUGCAGAAAAUGUGCCUGCUCUUAUAAAUCAAUAUAAAAAAGAAAAUGGAUUAAAAGCUUUUAAGGUUAUUGUUUAUGGUCCGCCAAUUGUAGGCAAGACAACAUUAUCGAAGCUUAUUUGUGAGUCUUACGGGUUGCUGUACAUAUCUCCGGAAACGGUUGCGAACGACAUUAUGGAAGAUUUGACGUGGCGUGUAAAUCACUGGGAAAAUGGUGAAACUGCUGAUUUGCCCAUGCCGAUUGGUGAAGAAGAUGAGCAUGCAAACUCCGAAGACGAUGCUGGCGAACAGGAAGCGAUACAGGAAAAUGCCAAACAAACCCUUGCAUUAUUAAAAGCUGGACGACCCCUAAGCGAAGAUGAGAUAUUAGGAUAUCUCCGUCAACGCCUUUUAUGUCGAGAAGCUUUAAACAAGGGAUGGGUGCUAGAUGGUUUUCCGACAAACCUUAAUCAAUGUUCCAUGUUAUUUGAAAAAGGGGAAGAUGAUUCAGAUGUAGAAGAUGAAAACGACGAAGAACCAUUUGAUGAAGAUGUUGAUCUCUACAGUAACGUACUGAGAAAAAUGUUACCAGAUAUUGUUGUAUCAUUAGAAGCUACAGAUGAUUUUGUCUGCGAGAAAGCAAUGCGUCAACCCGAAGAUGAUGGUCGAUUAGAUGAAGAAGAAGUGUUAAAGCGCCUUAAUGAAUUCAGAGCUGGUGAUGCACGUGAUGUCACACCUCUGAAUUAUUUUGAUGAGCUGGAUAUACACCCAUUGAUAGUACCGGUAAAAGAGCACUCAGAUUAUGAUAUGAAAAGCGCUUAUUCUGCCGUUGCUCUGCGAAUGGGAAGACCCUGUCGUUAUGGAAAACUUACUGCCAAAAUUGAGGCGGCAGAAAAAAGGGAGAAACAAGAAAGAGAAACUCUUCGCGGUAUUGAAGAAAAGGCAAAGAAAGAACUAGAAGAGAAAAUGAAACAAGAGCGUGAAGAGAAAAUGGAGUACUGGUCUGAGUUAUACGCGCUGAUGCGUGAUGAAGAGGAAGCAGCUUUAGCGGCUGCAGGCGAACCAAUGAGGAACUACCUCGUGAAUAACAUCUUCCCAACGUUGACUGCUGCGCUGCUAGAAGUGGCUAAACUUCGUCCUAAGGACCCUAUUGAUUUUUUGGCGGAAUACUUGUUUAAGUUAAAUCCAAGUGGGAAAAUGCUAGAGCCAGGAUAUAAUCUCCAAGCUGAAAAACUAUUAGGCAAAAUCAAAAUACUCGAUGACGCAAUCAAAGACUUGGACAUUAAAAUCGAACCAUUAAUACCUAAGGACAUCGAAUUUGGCGAGGCGUCCACUUCGAAAAAGAAAAUUAAUAGAAUGAGCUCUUUGUAGACUCGGAACCUGUGAGACAACGAAUCUCCUGAUACGUUAUGUUUAAUUUAGGUCUUUUCUUUGAAUUAAAUAAUUACAAAAUACUCCUCUUGAGUCUUCUUAUCUUAUAUGUGAAGUAGAUUUAAGGAU